GAAAUCGGGUUGCCGUCAAAUUGGUUUCGUCCGCUUUGCCAGAAAAUGGUCAAAAGAUGCCCAUAAUGGGACGAUAAAAGGCUCAUUGAAUUUCGUAAAAGUGGGCGUCGGCAAACGUGAGAUGCUUUUUCACGUACUCCGAAAAUUAAUACAUUUUACCUCAAUUAUUGGGGGUUGAUUACGUUUUCCAUUAUGCAUUGUUUUUCAAGUGUGCUGUGCUAGAACAAAUGCAUACUCGCACGAACAUGGAAUGUAUUUACCUCUUAGUUUUUUAUGCAAUUCUAUAAAUGUAAAUCUUUCGCCAAUUGAAGAUAAACCUAGAAUGCGAUUGCCGAAUGCGAGGUACUAGAAAAAUUGAUCUGAAUGUUUGUUGGUCGCGUUAUAGAACUGAUCCUAAGUAAAUAAAAGGCCUAAGCAAUCAUAAUUAUCUUUUUCACUCGUAUCAGAUCGACAGUCAAAUAAGUGCAGUUGAACAGCAAUUAUCAAAGAAUAAAAGUAAGAAUAGUGGCUCCAUUUUGCAUGCUUUAAGAGAACCAAUGAAACUUGGCCAGCUGUGGAGCUUUGGUGCCGACAGCCCUAACGUGGGUUCCAGCUCACAAACCAAUGUGUGCAGCAGUAUCAAUAAAGUUAGUAAGUGCAUCCAUUAUUAAAGCAAAAAAAGGAAAAAGCAUAGGUCAUAAUGGGGCAAUCCACCAUUAUUAAAAAAAGAAUCUAUUCCGGCACGUGCACUCCGAAGGGUGUAAAACCUUUCAAAUAAAACCACAUGUGGUCCGUUUGAGAGACGUGAAACACUGACAACGCCAUGCUUUAGAACAGAUACAAUAUUUAAUUCUUUGCUUUGCAUCUAGGCCUAACUAAAUAUUUUAUUUGCUAAAAUUAAACGGAGAGAUAUGGGCAACGAUAAAUAGUGGGCUUAAAUCAAACUGAGAACACAAGCGGUCUUGUUUCCCACUUUGUUAACAUAAUGGCUGAAGAUAACCUAUGUGCUCUCUUUUUCAAACUGACGGUGCAGGGGGUGACGUGCAGCGAUGGGCUCAAGAAGCAUAUGGAAAACGCCGAAGAUGAGCUCAAACCCUUACUGGAGCAUGGUCCUCAAGGUGAAUCCAUGGACAUCGAUGAAGAAGAAGUCUCGGGGGCCAAACGACUACUGUAUCUCUAUGUCGACUGCCCGACAAUGAUGCGCUGCUUUUUUGGGAGAUCUAUGCCCUAUAAUUGCAGGGGAGGCACCCUCCUUACCGACCUUCCCCCGUACCAUGCUGAUGUGUCGCCCCAUGAGGUGUCUCGUGGACUCAGGAAGGCAACCGAUUUCUUCAGCUAUGAGGAUGCUAUUCGUAGUGCCUACUUCGCUGCCUUUUCUUUCAGCGGGCCAGUCAGAAAGUUGGAUCAGCAGCUCGAGCUAACGUCGACAAGAGGAGAGCCCCUGACAUUCAGUCUUUAUGCACGUAGCCCUGGCCGGCUCGAACCUGGGGAGCUGGUGAGGCAUGGCGAGUGCAAGUUUGCAGGCUAGUCGUCGCUGUCUAAAGAAUCGGCUGUCACAGCAGCCAAGGGUGCCGUACUUGUUUCAAUUUGGAAAAUGCAUGUAAUAACUAUAUCUGGUUUGAUGUAACAGUCCUGGUUUUGAAUCUAAUGUGUUGUUGUGUUUUAACGGAAGAAUGGUUUAAUUCAUUUAUUUUACUGAGGAUGUUAGCGUUGACUGUUUACAACAAGUCGGCGGCUUGCUUGGCAAGCAGGAAAAUCCGGCUCUUGAAUUUUUUUCAAGCAACAACGAUAUACCGGACCUACGCGCC